AACGCCCUUAAUUUACAGCUGCCGCGGUGGUAUUCAAUCAAUCAAUCGGUGUAUAUAUACGGCUGUGUUUCAUUCAUUUGUAUUUCAACAUUGAAUAUAUGGCUAAAUAAUACAAGAGAGUUGUUAUAAGAUACAUUAAAAAAAAUGUCUUUAGAAAAGGAACGUGUCUGCGAUAAUGUAAUUUAUGAUGUAGUUGUUGUUGGUGGAGGCGUCGCGGGCACAUCGGCUGCAUAUCGGCUUAACCAGGUUCUCUCCAAGAAAGGUAGCGGGGAUAUCAAAGUACUCCUGGUAGAGGCAAAGGACAGACUUGGAGGUCGAACACUGACAGAAAAAGUAAAUGUCGAAGGUGGGCAGGAAUUGUUUGACCUUGGUGGACAAUGGAUUGGAAGAACACAGCACCACAUUAUAUGGCUGAUGAAGGAGCUUGGGUUGGAAUACUAUGAGCAGUACGCAGCAGGGUCAAAGUUCCUGCGGCUGAGCGAUGGCAAGAUCCGCAAAUUUAGCUCCAGUCUAAAGGUCUCGUUUGUGGGCUUACUUGAUCUAGGGUCUGUGAUAACGAAGAUGAAUCGCAUGUCAAAAAAAGUACCUCACGAUGACCCCUGUGCAUGCAAGCAAGCCGAGGAGUGGGAUAGUAUGACUGUUGACACGUUCCUGAAGAAGAACAUGUGGACCAAAGAUGCUCGUGAAUUGAUUGAUAUUAUCAUCUCUACAACAAGUGGAGUGACUCCGAAAGAACUUUCUCUGUUAAGCCUACUUCAUGGUGCAAGCGGUGCUGGGGGCUUUGAGGAAAUGAUGGAAAGCACCAAAGAAGGAGCUCAGGGAUUUCGCAUCAAGGGUGGUGCUCAACAAAUCUCUGAACUUGCAGCUGAAAGGAUUGGUUCAGAGAAUGUUUGGUUGGGUGAGCCUGUGAAACUUAUUGACCAAUCAAAUGACGAGUUUGUGACAGUGGUAACUGAGUCUGGAAAAGAGGUGAAGACGAAAUAUGUGAUCAUGUCAGCUCCCAUUAAUUGUGUUGAAAAUAUUGUAUUCAAGCCCAGCUUGCCUAUGGACUAUCAUUUCCUUGCCCAAAGGAUGCCUGUUGGUCACAACCUGAAGUUUAUCGUCACCUACAAAAAAGCCUUUUGGAGAGAAGCUGGUCUGUCUGGAGAGAUAAUUAGUUUCGGUGGUGCGCCGGUAAUCGAUGGUUGCGAUACAGGUCCCAUUCAAGUAGUGCUUGACGCGGUCACAGAUAAUGGAACUCCUGCCUUGGUUGGCUUCUUUGCAAAUUCACGUCAGUGGCGGAAAAUUGAGCUCUCUGUGAGGAGACGAGAGGUGGUGAAACAGCUAGUAGAGUAUCUUGGCCCUGAGGGUGGGGAUAUAAUUGACUAUGUUGAUAAGGAUUGGGCAGAAGAGCCGUAUAAUGGUGGAUGUCCAGGCAAUUUCAUGACAACUGGUGCGAUUACACUCUUUUUCAAAUCCUUACAGAAGACAUUUGAUAGAGUACACUGGGCUGGUACAGAAACUGCCACAUUGUGGUCUGGUUACAUAAGUGGAGCUGUCCAGACAGGACUGAGAGCUGCCGAUGAAAUCCUUAACAGAAUGGAUCCGUCGUUGACUCAAGAUGGCCUCCUCAAAUCACUGGACAAUGAGAGCAGUGGGGACUAAUUGCUAAAUUCUCAACAAAAAUCUGUGACCAAUGCUAGGUUUACACUAUGUUCCCGGUGGCCACGGCAACCCUGUUUGUCCGAAAUGUAGUACGCCGUGGGAUUUUGGCAAUUUUUUCCGUUUCAAGUUUCCGUCUUGACUUUUUUGGUGGCAUAGCUUUGCCUUCUUUCAUUGCUUGGUCUUCACCGACUGCUUCUUGUUUCAUUUGUGGCGUUUUUCCUAUUUAUGCUUCCCAUCCCAAUACGGUCUGCCUCCAAGUUAUGUUACGACCUAUUACGUACUGUCACGUUUUGUUGCAUUCACCCCGUUUCACUACGGCCUACUAGGUUUCUCAUUCGCACCGUGACUGCUGUGCCAAAUUUUUUGAGUUUAAAAUUCUGCGCCAGCAUCCGCGGCAAUCCAACCUGUCACAUUUGCACAUCCCGUCCCCCAACGUUGUUUCACAUUGUCUCAUGUCCAUCCCAUUUUGUUCACGGUAGUCUGAAACGUGGUUGUCGUGGCCACCGGGAACAAAGUGUAAACCUAGCAUGAUCAAACCAUUAUGGGUGUAAUGACUAUGCCACCGGUCAAGGCAUAAUACAGUCAUGUGGUUUGUCUUUAAAACAUAAUCUUGAGCUUAAGUGCUUAGCCCAAUAUGUAUUUUGAAUAUUUAGGAUAAACUUCACCUUGUUAUUAAGGGCUAAGAAUGAUACCUCAGUUAUUAGUCAUGAUUUUACAGUAUAUCCACAUUUGACAAGUUUUGUGAAAGAUUUGUUGAAACUGGCAUAUGUGAUAGAAGGUCUUAUUUAAAACAUUAAGAUACAGGUUGCAAUAUUACUUACUACUGCUGAUUUUGUCAUGCGAACACUACCUGCAUGUGGAGGGCCUCAGGAGACAACUGUGCUGUUCAUGAAAACAAAAAAGCUUGUUGAAAUAUGCACUGUCUUCACAGACUUUUGUUUGGUAGUGAAUACAAAACUACUUGACAACCGAUGUGCGUUUAUUUUGACGCACUGUUUUGUUUUUACUAACUAACACAACCUACUUCCAAUGUUAGUUUUUGUGAUUUGAGUGACAAUAUUUCAAAACAAUGAUUGACAACGUCUACCACGCUAUUGGAUGUUGCCAUCUAUUAUUGAUGCUUUUGCAGAUUUGAAAUUAAGUAUUUACUAGCAAAUUCUGUAUAGUUUUCUAAAGUAGAAUUAUCAAAUAUUUUCUUUUUAAUAUUUACAGAACUAGCUGAAAUUUCUGUUGGACAAAAAUUAACUAGAUAAAAUAAAUGUAUUAAUCUUAAAUAAUAUUUAAGUUAAAAAAUGGAUUUUAUAUCAGUUUUAUAGUGGUUUUAUAUUUGAGAGUAUAUUUUGUCUACCAAAUGUAUUAGAUUACAUUCAACUGUUUUCCUUAAUAUAUGUUAAAGCUUUAGUUAGUUACAGUACUUACUGAUCCUGCAAAUCCUCAGUUGGAUGUAGCAUCCCUGAUAGCUACACGGAAGGAAGCUCUUUCUGUUGCCAUUCUGCCUGCCUAGGCUAAACUGAUGUUUAGUAGCCUUUCUCCCAUCGUAUCCUUGGUCGUCCGCUACCUCUUUUUCCCUCAAAUCUGCCUUCCAUAAAUGUCUUCUCUAGAGAAGUGUGACGUUUUAUUAGCCAUGUUUCUUCAAUGCCCAAUUGUCCUCUUAUUGAUUAAUUUGUUCUGUGUUCCCUCCACGAAACGGCCAUUACUCUUCAGUAACACUUCAUCUCAAAAACAUUUUAUGGCAGCCUUCACUUUUUCAUUUAGAAUCCAGGACUCGCAUCCAUACAGUAUAUCUGUAGGGAAUAUGCACGCUCUUAAGAUUGGAACUUUUGUAUAUACGUUCUGGCCUUUCCAUAGUACUUCAUCUAAUUUUGUUCAUCCCAAUUACUUUCCUUCUUUUAAUUUCGCCAAUAUCUGGCUAGCAUCUUCAUGUCUAGUUACUAUUUUAAGAGGUUCACCAUCCAUCAGGAUUAUCGGAUUACCUUCUGAUUCUGUCUUCUUCCCAUUUAUUUUCAGAUUUUUUUCUUUCACUCCCUGCUCUAACAGCACACAAGAGUCUUUAGCAUUUCUGCACUCUAAAAACAAUAUGGUAUCAUCUGCAUACCUCAUCUCAUUAAUUCUCUCCUUGUAUUAUUAUUUCAUUGAACUGCCCAUUGUUUGCUAGAUAAAAAUCUUCAGUAUAUACAUUGCUUUUAUAGUUACUGUAAAUUAGCCAGUGUUUGGCGGAAUUGUUUUCAUCUGUGUCUUGUUGAUGGCAGUUAUGGUUACUAAGUACUGUACUAUAUAAUAAAUUUUGUAUUGUUUAUUUUACAUGAUUUUCAUAGUCAAAUAAAUACAACAGUAUCAAUAAA